UGAUCAUCUACCUUCAUAAUAGCAGUUGUAUGCCUUGGAUUCACUUAUCUAUCUUCUGAGAUGAUCAAAAAGGUAUCGGAAUUGCUGCAUCCGUCGUUACUGACCAAUGCCACCAAGCACCAGGAAGUAAUUUCACGAUUUCAAAAGCUUCCCAAAAUACGAUUGAGCAAGGAGUCAGCUACCAAAGAAGCUGCCAUAUUGAUACCACUCCUCAUGGUAGAUGAUAAAAUAAACCUAAUUUACACCAUUCGAUCUAGCAAACUGCGGAAUCAUCGCGGACAAGUUUCUUUCCCUGGUGGGAUGAAAGACGAAAAAGAUAGUAGCUAUGAGGAAUGUGCCGUACGUGAGUUUGAGGAAGAAAUAGGCAUAUCGAAGAAAUCGGUAACCGUUUGGGGAUGCGGCAACACCAUCAUACCGGCCUUUGGACCAUCGAUAACGCCGGUCGUGGGAAGCAUUACAGAUUAUUCUUUCAAUCAGCUAAAGCCAAGCUCUGAUGAGGUAGCCAAGGUGUUCGCAGUGCCUAUUGAAACAUUUGCCAGCGGUGAACACCGAAGACACACGCAAUUUCGUGGCAAUUAUACUACUCCGGUAUUCCUUAAUGGGGUCGAAACAGUGUGGGGAAUUACAGCCGUUAUUACUCAUUUGUUUCUCACGGCGCUAUUGCCUGGUUCGUACAGCAGUCGUUUACCAUUUGUGAAAAAAUAUGAAAUGAAUAAUAGCAAACGGUGA